AUGGUCCUGAUCCUGUCGUCUGUACAAAUUCGAAUACUCAAGUUCUUCGGGCAUAUCAUCCGUAACGAGAACUCCGUGGAAGGUCUGGUAGCGCAAGGGAAGGUCGAAAGCAAAAGAUCUCGUGAGCGUUCUCAAACACGGUGGACAGACCUCAUAAAAUCUGUGACACACUCCAGCAUAAAUGAUAACACUCAAGCCGCCAAACAAAGAGACACAUGGCGUCACAGAAGCGAUGGCACAAUACUCGAGGGAGAUAUGACCACGACCAUUCCAUCAAGAGUGAAUGACUCAGAAGAA